AUGAAAGUCAAAGCGGUUCUCUUCGAUCUAGGAGGUGUUCUCAUCCCUAGCCCCAUAGAUCAUUGGCUUGAGGUUGAAAAGACUUUCUCCCUCGAAAGCGGCUCUUUGAUCAAGACACUACAAACGGAAGAAGCACUGAAUAUCUUCUAUGAACUUGAGAAAGGAGCCAUAACAACCUCUGAUUUUGAUCCUCUUUACACUUUAAUUUAUAAUAAGAAGAACUCAACUGACUUUGCACUGAUUCCGUUAAUGGAAUCGUUUCUAAGAACCAUUAAGAAUGUUCGAAUAAUUCCAAAAAUGGAACAGCUUUUAAAGCUGCUGAAGGCAUCUGGCUAUGUUCUAAUCCUUAUAACAAAUAAUUUUUACGUAGAUCGAGCUCAUUUGUUACCAACUUUACCACAGCAGAUUCCUGAUUUCUUUGAUUUCAUAAUUGAAUCAUGUCGAAACAAUUGCAGAAAACCUGAGCCUUCCAUCUACGAGUUAGCUCUGAAGAAAGCACAACUGAGACCAGAAGAAUGUGUUUUUCUGGACGAUCUGGGAUCCAAUUUGAAAGUUGCAAGAUCUAUGGGAAUUCAUACAAUCAAAGUCAACGAGCCGGGGAAAGCUGCUGACGAGUUAUGCAGUUAUCUUAACCUUUCUAUGGACUAUCCUCCUGAAACUCGAGAAUGUUUGAAAAGGGAGAUGUUGCCGAAGGAAAUAUUGCAAACAGUUUUGAGAGAGAAGCUCGGAUUGCAUGGAGCAUCUGAGAUAAUGAUUCGAAAAUUCAAUCAUGGACAAAGUAAUCCAACCUAUUACAUAAAAUAUUGUGGGAGAGAACUUGUUUUAAGGAAAAAACCUAGUGGCACUAUCCUGCCAAAAGCUCAUCAAAUUGAUAGAGAAUAUAGAAUACUUAAAGCUUUACACGGGAAAGUUCCUGUACCAGAAGUUCUGCUCUAUGACGAAACAACCUUGGACACUCCGUUUUAUCUCAUGAAUUAUACAGCCGGCCGAAUUUUUUUGGAUCCGAGUCUUCCGAAUUUGAAUAAUACUGAACGGCGAGCGAUAUAUGAGGAAGCUAUUAGAGUGUUAGCAGCUAUUCAUUCUCUCAGUUAUGAAAGUCUAGGUCUCACAGAUUAUGGCCGCAAAGAUGGCUACAUGGCGAGGAACUUGAAAAGAUGGAUUUCGUCAUAUGAAAUGGCAAAAACGGAAGACAUCCCAGAGUUGGAUGAACUAGUGGACUACUUGAAGAAAAACAUUCCAAAGGACAGACACGCAUCAAUAGUCCAUGGAGAUUUCAGAUUAGAUAAUCUGAUAUUCCAUCCUACCGAAAAUAGAAUAAUUGCGGUAUUGGACUGGGAAAUCUCAACAAUUGGAGAUCCAAUUGCUGAUUUGGCUACUUUCAUGUUUACUCACUAUAAUACAAGUGAUAAUAAGAUGUUACAAGGCUUGGGGAAGUUGAAAGAACAUGAGCUUAAUCAGAUGGGAAUUCCAACUGUAUUGGAAGCUUUAAAUCUUUAUGCCCGUUUCAGCCAUAGUAAGCCUAUUGAGCCAAAGCUAUGGAUCUAUUACGUCGCCUUUGUGAUUUUCCGCUUUACUAGUAUAUUACAAGGAGUUUACAUGAGAUCUUUGAUGAAAAAUGCAUCAUCGAUACAAGCGUCUUCCAUAGGCUCAGUUCCAAAACGUCUUGCAGCUUUUGGUUUGAAGUUAGUUCAUGGGGUUUCUUCAACGUCAACAACGGGGUUAUUGGCUAUAAUUCCAAGUUCUCUGAGUGAGAAGGCCAAUAAAUAUUACCAAGGUGUUCAUAGGAUUGUUCAUGAGGAUAUAAUACCCAUUGAAAGAGAGUUGAACGAGUAUUAUCUGACUGACAAGCAAUGGACACGGCAUCCAAAGCUAGAGGCCAUAAAGGAAAAAGCUAAAAAACAAGGCCUCUGGAAUAUGUUCAUCUCCAGUCAUAUUGACCCUAAAACCAUAUAUGGAUGUGGUCUUACUAACGUUGAGUAUGCUCACAUAUGUGAGCUAAUGGGAAGAAGUAUACAUGCACCUGAAGUAUUCAACUGCCAAGCCCCAGAUACUGGGAAUAUGGAAGUUCUUAUUAAAUAUGGAAAUGACGAGCAAAAAGAGAAAUGGUUGCGUCCUUUGCUGAAUGGAGAUAUUAAAAGUUGUUUUGCAAUGACAGAGCCUGAUGUGGCCAGCAGUGAUGCGACAAAUAUUCAAGGCUCUAUUACACGCCUGGGUGAUGACUACAUAAUUAAUGCACGGAAGUGGUUCACAAGUAAUGCAGCACAUCCUGAUUGUAAAAUUUGUAUUUUCAUGGGUCAAGUAACUGGUUCAAAGAAAUCUCGUCUGUUUCAACAAUCCAUGAUAUUAAUCCCCAUGGAAACAGCAGGUGUCAAAAUAGAACGUAAUCUUCACGUUCUUGGCAGCCAAGAUCCUCCCUCUGGGCAUUGCGAAAUUAAUUUUGUGAAUGUUAGAGUUCCCAUUGAAAAUAUGAUUCUUGGAGAAGGAAGAGGCUUUGAAAUCGCACAGGGCAGAUUAGGUCCAGGCAGAAUUCAUCAUGCAAUGAGACUCAUAGGACAUGCAGAGAGAGCCAUAGACGUAAUGAAACAAAGGGCAUCAUAUCGCGUAGCAUUCCGCAAGAAAUUGAAUGAGUACGAUUCUAUAAGAAAAGAAAUUGCUUUGUCCCGCUGCGAAAUUGAACAAGCACGUCUUCUUGUUCUUAAAGCUGCACUCAUGAUAGAUACUGUUGGAGCUAAGGAAGCUCAAGCUGAAAUCGCUAUGAUCAAAAUUAUUGCUCCUAAUAUGGCACUGAGAAUUGUUGAUCGUGCUAUUCAGAUUGAAGGAGCAAGGGGUCUCACUCCUGAUACACCAUUGUCUGCAUUUUUCAUUGCCGCCAGAUCCUUGAGACUUGCCGAUGGACCUGAUGAAGUUCAUCUGGAAAACUUGGCGAAACUAGAGUUCAAAAGCCAUCUUUAA